AUUCAUCUUCUCAUCACCAUUCUCCAUUGUCUCAUCACUGUCUCCUUUGCAUUUUCUUGACCUUGAGAGAGAUUGAAAUGGAGGGUUCUGCCGGAAACAAAUGGAAAUGGUGGUGGCUGGUCUACAGUGCAGUGUUCUUGGCGUUGCAUGGGGCUGCUUCAGCUCAACAGGUCCCUUGCUACUUCAUUUUCGGGGACUCAUUGGUGGAUAACGGGAAUAAUAAUCAACUUUCAUCUUUAGCUAGAGCUGAUUAUUUGCCUUACGGGAUUGACUUUGUCCCUCCUCGAGCCACCGGCAGGUUCUCCAACGGUAAAACUACCGUUGAUGUCAUCGCCCAGCAGUUGGGUUUCAAUAGUUUCAUUCCUCCAUAUGCAACCACAAGGGGUCGAAACAUACUCCAAGGUUUAAAUUACGCAUCUGCGGCCGCCGGAAUCAGAGAAGAAACUGGACAGCAACUAGGAGGUCGCAUUAGUUUUAGUGGUCAAGUGAGGAACUACCAAAACACAGUUUCUCAAUUGGUGAACUUGCUGGGAGAUCAGAACAGAACAGCAAAUUAUUUAAGCAAGUGCAUAUUUUCCAUUGGAUUAGGAAGCAAUGAUUAUCUUAAUAAUUAUUUCAUGCCUCGAUUCUAUUCAUCCAGCAGGCAGUACACGCCUGAGCAGUGGGCUAAUAUUCUCAUCCAGCAGUAUAUUCAACAACUAAGGAUUUUGUACAACAAUGGAGCCAGGAAAUUUGCGCUGAUUGGUCUGGGACAAAUUGGGUGCAGCCCAAGUGAAUUGGCUCAAAACAGUCCAGAUGGAAGAACUUGUGUUCAGAGAAUCAACUCUGCCAACGAGAUCUUCAAUAACAAGCUCAGAUCUCUCGUUGAUCAAUUCAAUGGCAAUACCCCAGAUGCAAGAUUUAUUUAUAUCAAUGUUUAUGGCAUGUUUCAAGAUAUUACAAGCAAUCCUGCAAGAUAUGGUUUUAGAGUUACAAAUGCUGGGUGCUGUGGUGUGGGGAGGAACAAUGGUCAAAUUACAUGCCUGCCUUUGCAAACUCCAUGCCCAAACAGGAAUCAGUAUUUGUUUUGGGAUGCAUUUCAUCCAACUGAAGCAGCAAAUAUAAUAAUUGGGAGAAGAUCUUACAGUGCUCAAUCUCCAUCAGAUGCUUACCCAUUUGAUAUCAGCCGGCUAGCCCAGCUCUGAAGAUGAGGAUGCUGGUUAUGAAUGGCUUGAUAAUGAAGAAUCUAGCCAAUAUUUUGCUGUGUUGCUGGUUUGUUUUAUGUUUUUGUUGUCGUUUUGCUUGUCAUAGUUCCAGAAAUGUGGCGUUUUGUGUGCUAAGGAAUUGCGCAUAUAUAGUGAGUCCUGUUUAGCUAUAUUGGAAUAGAGUUGUAGUAAGCCAUUACUACGUGCAAUAACAUUCACAGUUAUUAC